GUUUUGGCUGGCUCGUGGCGUCGAAAAGUUUUCGCAUUGCCUUUUGUGUUUUGGAAAUAAGAAAUGGGUAACUCCUCAGAAAGGUUUGAUAGGAAAAGAUUACGUUUAUCUACUAAACGUAAAAAUCGACGACUUGCUAUGAAAAGAAGGAAAAUUAAUUUAAAGUUAUCAGUUUCUUCUGAGGACCAAAAUAAAUUGGACGUUAAAAUUCCUUUAUCUCAAUGCAUCAACAAUGACAAUGACAAUAAUAUUACUGAUGCUGGUCCAUCAAAUUCAAAAGAAAACUCAAUGGAGCUAAACUCUGCGAAAUCCAUGAGCUCUUUGGAAGAAGAAUCAGAACCAGAUGUUCCUGACUUAGUGCCAGUCCAUCAACCCACCGACGUAGAUGAAUCGACCGAAGUCGAAAUCAAAGAGGAACCUUUAAAACGCGAAAAUGAUCUACCAACAUCGGAUAUCCAUGAAGAACCAUCAUCGGAUAUCUAUGAAGAAUCAACAUCGGAUAUCCAUGAAGAAUCAACAUCGGAUAUCCAUGAAGAACCACCAACAUUGCCAUUAUUGCCAAUUAUAAAGGAGGAACCCUUGGAUCAACCGGCCAAUAUUUCUCCGGAAACGGUCGAACCUCAGAAAAAGGUCGAACAAAUAAGCGAAUUGGGACGUCAAUCGAUUCAAAUGUUUUUCGAUAGUAUGGCCAAGACCGUUAUGACUUUACCGCCAUCUUUUGUCAGCAGAAUUAAAUCGGAGGUGCUACGAGUGGUCAGCAAUAUGGAAAUGGAAGCCAUUGGAGAACAGAUGAAGGAACCAAUCAGAACACCCGAAAAUCUUACUGCGGCAAGUACAGUAACUGAACCAAGGAUUAAAAUUGAAAAUGUGGAUGAUGAAGAAGCAGAAGCCUCAGACGAACUUGACCAACCAGAAUUAUUAGAUCCAGAAUCAUUAGAUCUAGACCACGACGAAAAUUACGAACCUUUGGCCAAAAAGAAGAAAAAAUCACAAGCCGAUCAACCUACUCCAUCAUCAUCAGCAUUACAGGUUAGAACCCCAAGAACCCAACACGAACCUGUUGAAACGUUUUUCCAAAGCGUAGCAUGCACAGUGACGUCAUUUCCGCGGCCAUUUGUCUGUAAGGCCAAAGUGGCAGUGCUGAAAGUGAUUUCCAAAAUGGAGGUUGAAGUCUGUAGCAGUCGUCAGCUUGGUUAUCAAGAUGGUGGAGGUGGAGGAGAUGGUAGUUCAACGCGCCAUCUUUUAGCAAGUGGUUCGAAUUAUUGAGAGAUAACUUAUUUGUAAAUAUGUUCCUUGGUGCUUGACCAGAAUAGAAGUUUAGUUUGUUUAGUUAGGAUGAGUAUUUAUUUGUAUACAAAAGAUCAGUUCAAGGAGCAUCGUUUCUGACAUUUUGAUUCAAAUUUCUUGAAAAUAUGCAUUGAUCUGUUUUUAAGUUUGUUUAGUUGGAAUAUCCUUACUUUAAAAUGUGAACUCCUAAUAAAAUUUGAAUUUCAUAAACUCAUAUAUUUUUGUAUCAAAAAGAAAAUUGUGAUAAAAUUUAACAGUUCACAGAGUGGUAGUCAGUCACAGGUGGUCAGAGAUUUUUGUAAAAAGUAUUCAUUGUUCCAUAAAUGUUAGGUAGUUUGAGUAUUUUUACUCUGAAAAGUCAACCCUUAUUGAAGUUCAGGCUUGUAAUUUUAAGAUUUUUGUACCAAAAAAAAAAAAAAACUGUUAUGAAAAAUCGGGAAUUAUUCUCAGGUUAAUAAGGUUGGUAGUGGUGUAGUGAAAACGCCAUCUUCAAGCUCGUUUCCGAGAUUUUGUCUGAAGGUUUUUCUACAGAUAAAUAUCUGUAUUGACCAGGAUGGAAUUCCAGUUUGUUUAUUGUGUACCUACUUAUGUCAACAUUAGAAAGUCAGUCCUUAAUAGAAUUUAUUUUUCUUUGGAUCUUGUAUUUUGUAUUUUUGUAUGAAAAUUACUUCAAUAAAUAAUGUCACAAUAGGAUUGAAUUCGAAAUAGGUGCCAUUUUCCAGUUAGUUUUUAGGAUUUUGAUAUUAGUUUUCUAUAAAAAUGUUAGUUGACCUCAAUGGAAUUUAAGUUUGUUUGUAUUAAGUAUUUUUGUACUAAAGAUGUCAAUAAAAAAUAAAGAUUU